CAUUUUGCAUAAACUUCGGAGGCACACGUAGGCGAGCUGAAGAUUUUUAUAAAUUUUCUGCUACAGCAAGCCUAAUCGCUGUCAAAACACUGUGAAAAAAAAGGUAUAAAGUGUCAGUGCAUUAAAUUGUAAUCAAGUUAAAAUGGCACGUUACACUCAACGUCCGGAAAAUGCUCUUAAACGAGCCAAUGAAUUUAUCGAGGUCGGAAAACCUUUGCGUGCCCUGGAUACGUUGCAGGAGGUUUUCCGCAACAAGAGGUGGAACUAUGCCUACUCCGAGACGGUCAUUGAGCCUCUCAUGUUCAAGUACUUGUACUUGUGCGUGGAGCUCAAGAAGUCGCAUAUUGCCAAGGAGGGUCUCUUCCAAUAUCGUAACAUGUUCCAAUUGGUGAAUGUGAACUCACUGGAGAAUGUAAUACGCGGCUACUUGAAAAUGGCCGAGGAGCAUACCGAGGCGGCCCAAGCGCAAUCAUCGGCCGCCGUGGCUGUGCUGGAACUGGAUGAUCUUGAUAAUAUUGCGACACCAGAGAGCAUUUUGAUGAGUGCCGUUUGCGGAGAGGAUGCCCAGGAUCGUUCGGAUCGUACUAUUUUGUUGCCAUGGGUUAAAUUCCUUUGGGAAUCCUAUUGCCAGUGUCUUGAGCUGUUGCGCGUCAACACUCAUUGCGAGGCGCUUUAUCACGAUAUUGCGCGCAUGGCCUUUCAGUUCUGCUUGAAGUACAAUCGCAAGAGUGAAUUCCGUCGCUUGUGCGACAAGCUGCGUAAGCAUCUUGAAGACAUCUGCAAGAGCAGCAAUCAAACAACAGGCGUGUCUAUCAACAAGGUCGAGACACAACAGUUGUGCUUGGAUACCAGGCUCUACCUGUUAGACUCGGCCAUACAAAUGGAGCUGUGGCAAGAAGCCUACAAGGCAAUCGAGGACAUUCACGGUCUGAUGGCCAUGUCCAAGAAGACGCCGGUGCCAAAAACCAUGGCUAAUUAUUAUCAGAAAUUGGCUAUGGUCUUCAGCAAGGCUGGCAAUCAGCUCUUCCAUGCAGCCGCUUUGCUCAAGCUGUUCCAGUUGACUCGCGAGCUCAAGAAGAAUCUUACUAAGGAUGAUCUGCAGCGUAUGGCAGCUCAUGUACUUCUGGCUACGCUGUCGAUACCUCUGCCUUCUGCUCAUCCGGAAUUCGAUCGGUUCAUCGAGGCGGACAAGAGUCCUCUGGAGAAGGCCCAAAAGCUGGCCGUGCUGCUGGGUCUGCCCCAGCCGCCGACGCGUGUCUCUCUAAUCCGGGAAGUUGUGCGCUUGAAUGUGCCGAAUCUGGUAUCCGAAGACUUCCGUAACCUAUACAACUGGCUCGAGGUGGACUUUAAUCCACUCAAUCUCUGCAAGCGUAUUCAGUCUAUUGUGGAUACCAUUGAAGCCAGUGAAACGGAGAAUACUCUGCUCACACCUUACAUCCAAUCAUUGAAGGAUGUGACUAUAAUGCGUCUAAUUCGCCAAAUCUCUCAAGUCUAUGAGAGCAUCGAGUUUAAACGUUUGCUGGAACUGGCGCCGUUCUGCAAUAUUUUUGAGCUGGAGAAGCUGUUGGUGGAGUCAGUGCGUCACAAUGACAUGCAAAUACGCAUCGAUCAUCAGCGCAACAGCAUUUACUUCGGCACUGAUCUAACUGAGAGUCAGCGCGAAUAUCGUCCUGACGGACCGACACUGCAGUCAAUGCCCUCGGAGCAGAUUCGUUCCCAGUUAGUCAACAUGUCCACCGUGUUAACUCGAGCCGUUUCUAUUGUAUAUCCGAAUCGGGAGCGUGAUCAAAGGGCUAAGCUGCGCAGCCAAAUGGUACAGCAUUAUCAUGAGAUCAAAGAUCGUGAACAUCAGCGCAUUCUGCAACGCCAGAAGAUCAUUGAAGAUCGUAAGGAGUUCAUUGAGAAGCAGAAUAAUGCGCGCGAGGAGGAGGAAGCUCGGCGCCACGAAGAGGAAUCACGCAAAGCCAAGUUGGCCGAGCAGAAGCGAUUGGAGCAGGAACAGGAGGAGCGGGAGCGCAAGCGUCAUGAGAACGAAAUCCAGGCGAUCAAGGAGAAGAGCCUUAAGGAGAAGGUGCAGCAAAUAUCGCAGACUGCGCACGGCAAGAAAAUGCUUUCCAAAUUGGAUGAGGAAGGCAUCAAGAAACUCGAUGCUGAGCAAAUUGCUAUGCGUGAAAGCGAAGAGCUGCAGCGAGAGCGCAAGGAGCUGCAGUCCAAACUCAAGUCACAAGAGAAGAAGAUUGACUACUUUGAGCGUGCCAAGCGUCUGGAGGAGAUUCCACUCUUUGAGAAAUAUCUGGCUGAGAAGAAUGUCAAGGACAAAGAGUUUUGGGAAGCCACCGAAGCCACUCGCAUUGAAAACGCAAUUGCCGAACGCAAGGAUGCCGUUAGCCAGCAGGAGCGUCUUAAGCGUAUGUAUCCCGAUCGCGAUGAGUUUCUCGAAGCACUUAAGAAAGAGCGUGCCUCGCUCUUCGUUGAGAAACUCAAGAAGUUCGAAAUUGCUCUUGCCGAGGAGCGUAAGAAGCGUCUCGCUGAGCGUGUGGUACGCCGUCGCGAGGAACGCCGCCAAGCCUACCUGCGUGCCAAGGAAGAGGAACGUUUCCGCAAGGAGGAAGAGAUACGUCUUGCUCGCGAGGCCGAAGAGCGAGCCGCUGCCGAGGCUCGUCGUCUGGAACGUGAGGCAGAGGAUGAGAAGCGUCGUCAGCAAUAUGAAAAGCAACGUGCCAAGGAGGAGGAGGCCGAACGUAAGAUCCAGGAGGAUCGCGAACGUCUUGCCCGCGAGGUGGCUGUCGAGCGUGAACGCAGCGAAAAGGAGCGCGAUGUCUGGCGUCCACGCGGUGAUCGCAGCGAACGACCAAGUGCUGCUCCAGCUGGCGGUGCCAGCGAGUGGCGUCGUAAUGCUCCUACAAGUGAUCGCAAUGACCGUAACGAUCGCAAUGAACGUAACGAUCGUAGCGAUCGCAAUGACCGUAAUGAUCGUAGCGAACGCAUUGAGCGUAGCGAUCGCAAUGAUCGCCCAGAACGCAAGGACACUGAUGGCGGUGCUGAUUCGUCAUGGCGUGUGCGCCGUGAACCUGUCGAACCACAGCGUGGUCCUGGUACUGCUAGCACUGGUAUGGAUCGUUCAGAACGUGGUGGCGGCGCUGGCGGUGGUCCGUCUGGUCGCGAUGACAAGUGGCGUCGUGGUGGUGAUCGCUCCGAGCGUCUUGGGGGUGAUCGUGAUCGCGAUCGCGAUCGUGACUCCUUCCGCCGUAAUGAUGGACCACGCCGUGAUGAUGAUCGCGGUGGCUUCCGUCGUGACGAUCAGCCCCAGCGUGAUACAGGCAGCAACUGGCGCGAUUCGCCACGUCAAAACGAUCGCGAUAAUCGAGAUAAUCGCCGUCCGGCUGGCGAUAGACGCGAUAUUCGUGGCGCUGGACCAAAGGAAGGAGGCGGCGGUGGCGGUGGUGGUAACUGGCGUACGGCUCCCUCUCCACGCGAUGAAAAACCUCCAGUCAAGCGCGAUCAGCCACAAGACAAGGAAAACAAAGCCGGAGAUGAUGGCGAAUGGACAAGCGUUAAGCGUCGUUAAUUAUUUAUAUGAAUAUCUUCCGCACAUAACAGAUUACACACGUAUCCAAGUUUUUUU